CUCCCUCCCUGUGCCGAUCAUCUGUGUCCGUCUGUACCUCUCUAUCGCUGCUCCACUAGCCCAAUCAUGGAGCUCGCAGCGAGGUGUGUGUUCCUGCUCUCCAGCUUCGCCGUGCUCGCAGCGCUCGAUCUGGACGCGAUUGACCCAGGCUACUAUGUGGAGACCAGCAGCCCGUCAGAUGUGAUCGACUACAAAGAUCCCUGCAAAGCUGUUGCUUAUCUCGGAGAUAUUGCGCUGGAUGAGGAAGAUAUGCGCAUGUUUAAAGUGGACCGUAUUGUGAAUUUAGCAGAGAGAACAGUCACAGUUCUGAAUCCCACAGAUGCGGGUUCACUUUCCAAUGAGACGAAUACAAACAAUACAGCGUCCCAUCGCAAGAAGAGGGCAGCGACGUCCAGAUCUGAGAGGGUUUGGCCCGAGGGCGUCAUUCCUUACGUCAUCAGCGGGAACUUCAGCGGUAGCCAGAGAGCCAUAUUCAGACAGGCCAUGAGACACUGGGAAAAACACACAUGUGUGACGUUCAUCGAGAGAACAACAGAAGAGAGCUACAUUGUCUUCACCUACCGGCCGUGUGGGUGCUGUUCAUAUGUGGGCCGGAGAGGAGGGGGUCCGCAGGCCAUAUCCAUCGGGAAGAACUGUGAUAAGUUUGGGAUUGUGGUGCACGAGCUCGGUCACGUGAUCGGAUUCUGGCAUGAGCACACGCGACCCGACAGAGACGAUCAUGUCAGCAUCAUACGGGACAACAUUCAGCCAGGACAGGAGUACAACUUCCUGAAGAUGGAGCCUGGUGAGGUGGACUCACUCGGAGAGGUCUAUGACUUCGACAGCAUCAUGCACUAUGCAAGAAACACGUUCUCCAGAGGGAUAUUUUUGGACACCAUUCUGCCGCGGUAUGAUGUGAAUGGAGUUCGGCCGCCCAUCGGUCAGAGGACCAGAUUGAGCAAAGGAGACAUCGCACAGGCACGCAAACUUUACAAGUGUCCAAAAUGUGGAGACAGUUUGCAGGAGAGUAGUGGAAACCUCUCUUCACCUGGUUAUCCCAAUGGUUAUUCAGCAUAUAUGCACUGCAUAUGGAGAAUUUCAGUCACACCGGGAGAAAAGAUCAUUCUGAACUUUACAUCUAUGGAUUUAUACCGGAGUCAUUUGUGCUGGUAUGAUCAUGUGGAGAUCAGAGAUGGAUAUUGGAGGAAAGCACCACUGAAAGGUCGAUUUUGUGGGGAUAAAUUACCAGAGCCAAUCAUCUCUACAGACAGUCGCCUUUGGAUUGAGUUUCGCAGCAGCAGCAACUGGGUGGGAAAGGGCUUCUCUGCAGUUUACGAAGCUAUUUGCGGUGGGGAGGUGAAGAAAGACAAUGGUCAAAUUCAGUCUCCAAACUAUCCAGAUGACUACAGACCUAACAAAGCGUGUGUGUGGAAGAUAGCUGUGGCUCAGGGUUACCAUGUAGGCCUUACCUUCCAGUCGUUUGAGAUCGAGAGGCACGAUAACUGUGCCUACGACUACCUGGAGGUUCGAGAUGGGAACUCAGAAAACAGCCCGCUGUUGGGCAGAUUCUGUGGUUAUGACAAACCUGAUGAUAUUAAAUCCAGUUCCAACCAGCUCUGGAUGAAAUUUGUGUCUGACGGUUCUGUCAACAAGGCUGGAUUUGCUGCUAAUUUCUUCAAAGAAAUGGAUGAGUGCUCCAGACCUGACAACGGUCGCUGUGAGCAGCGCUGUGUCAACACGCUUGGUAGUUACAAGUGUGCCUGUGAUCCUGGGUACGAACUGGCGGCAGACAAACGGAGUUGCGAGGCUGCCUGUGGUGGUUUCAUCACCAAGCUGAAUGGGUCCAUCACCAGUCCAGGCUGGCCCAAAGAGUAUCCACCCAACAAGAACUGCAUCUGGCAGCUGGUGGCGCCCACGCAGUACCGCAUCACGCUGCUCUUCGACGUCUUCGAGACGGAGGGGAACGAUGUGAGCACUAGGUUUUUGGCUCAGCGUGGGGUGUGUAAAUAUGACUUUGUUGAGGUGAGAAGUGGUCUGUCUGCCGACUCCAGACUGCACGGGAAAUUCUGCGGAGCUGAGAAACCGGAGGCCAUCACCUCUCAGUACAACAACAUGCGCAUUGAGUUCAAAUCUGACAACACCGUCUCCAAGAAGGGCUUCAAGGCCCAGUUCUUCUCAGAUAAAGACGAGUGCUCUAAGGAGAACGGCGGAUGUCAGCAUGAAUGUGUGAACACCUUUGGCAGCUACAGUUGUCAGUGCAGAAGUGGCUUCGUCUUGCACGAAAACAAACAUGACUGCAAGGAAGCCGGCUGUGAUCACGUUGUGAACAGCGUGAGCGGGACUAUCACCAGCCCCAACUGGCCAGAUAAAUACCCCAGUAAGAAGACGUGCACCUGGGCCCUCUCCACCACCCAGGGACAUCGGAUCAAACUAGCUUUCAAUGAAAUCGACAUGGAGCCUCAUCUGGAAUGUGCUUAUGACCACAUUGAGAUUUAUGACGGUCGGGAUGGGAAGGCCUCUAGCCUCGGACGAUACUGUGGCACAAAGAAGCCUCAACCGAUCAUAUCCUCCGGCAACAAGAUGUUCAUCCGCUUCUUCUCUGAUAACUCAGUACAGAAGAAAGGCUUCGAGGCUUCCCAUACUGCAGAGUGCGGAGGCCGUCUGAAAGCCGAGGUGAAGACUAAAGACCUCUACUCUCAUGCCCAGUUUGGUGACAAUAACUACCCCGGGGCGUCCGACUGUCAGUGGGUGAUCACAGCAGAGAAGGGCUACGGCGUGGAGCUCAUCUUCCAGACCUUCGAGAUUGAGGAGGAGGCCGACUGUGGCUAUGAUUACAUGGAGCUGUUUGAUGGGGCGGACACCAAAUCACCCAGACUGGGCCGCUACUGUGGAUCAGGGCCUCCAGAAGAGAUCUACUCCGCUGGUGACUCCAUUGUCAUCAAAUUCCGCUCAGAUGACACCAUCAAUAAGAAGGGCUUCCAUGUGCGUUACACCAGCACCAAGUUUCAGGACACACUCCACUCUCGUAAGAAGUGACCCUUAGUGGCCGGGAGGGGCCGUGCAGGGCCUAGGGGGAAGCGAAAGGGCCCCAGGGGGAGGGCCUCGCCCAUCGCUCGGAGCCCCCCGGCCGCCAAGAACACCCAGACUCGACGGACCAGCCGCAAGAAUGCCAACCGCACCUCAGUAGUUCACAGGGGUUCUGGCAUCCCCUACUGACUGUGAGGAGUAAAGCCAUUCCGCAGUAGACCUUGUUUUUACCUUUUUUUAUUAUUAUUACAUUUGGGGCAAGAUGUGGAUAGGGGAAUGUAUUCAGUUGCUGGAUACCAAUAUAGGGGCAAAAUCAAAAAAGGGGAGGGUGGGAAGGGUGGGCGUAGCUGAUCGGAUACUGGAAUCCCCCCGUUUGUCACCUUUCAUGAGCCGAGAGUGCGUUGAAAAACACAUACACUGAGGAACUCCUGCAGGAGAACCGAGCAAACUCACCAAACCAGUCAUCUGUGCAACAGUGGGAUAGAGGAAGUGAGAAAUGAGCGCAGCAUGGGCAUUCACGACGGUGUUCCUCGCAUGUUUUCCAACCUUGCAACUUGAAAUUUACCGCUGCUCUGUGGGGAAACAACCGUCUCUUCUUGACAUUAUUGGCAUUGCUUGUUCAUAAAGCGCAUCGUAGGCCAUUGUGGGCCUGUUUCUUUGUCGUUACUUGAGCAAAUGACAAUGUAUGUCAAAAAGAUGCAUGUGAUACAGCUAGAAGGAAAUGUGGAUGUAAUGGCACCAGCGUUUGUAAUAACUCGUUUUUUUUCCCUGGCCAGUAGUCCAGAAGGUACCCUGUCCGAAAUUAUCACUCUCCAGGAGGUUUUCCAGAAUCAGUUAUCACAUUAAAAGACUAAUAAACAACACGUGGCCCAUG